AUGGCGGCCUCAAGUCAAGAUGCUGCGUUGGCAACUAUGGGAUACACGGCUGAAUUGCCUCGUUCCCUAAGUAUGAUGAGUAUUCUGGGCCUAUCAUUCGCUAUUAUGGCAGUUCCAUUCGGUCUCAGCACGACAUUCGCUUACUCCCUGACCGAUGGUCAAUCUGUGACCGUCUUAUAUGGCUGGGUCUUCGUAUCAUUUAUAUCACUUUCUAUCGCCGCAUCAUUGGCUGAGAUUUGUAGUGUGUAUCCAACAUCUGGAGGCGUAUAUUACUGGUCUGCUAUGCUUAGUACCAGAAAGUAUGCUCCUGUUGUUUCCUGGAUCACGGGUUGGUUGACUUUGGUGGGCAAUUGGACUGUGACUUUGUCCAUCAACUUUUCGGGGGCACAACUAAUUCUAAGUUCUAUCACGGUCUUUAACGAGGAUUUCGUAGCCAAUGCAUGGCAAACCGUCCUAUGUUUCUGGGCCGUUAUGGCAAUUGCUUUCACAGUAAAUGUGUUCGGUGCUAGGUACUUGGAUUUGAUCAACAAAAUUUGUAUAUACUGGACUUCGGCUUCAGUUAUUAUCAUCAUUGUCACUCUUUUAGUAAUGGCAGAUGAUCGUCGAGAUGCCGAGUUUGUUUUUACUCAUUUCGAUGCCUCAGCAUCUGGUUGGCCUUCCGGCUGGGCUUGGUUCGUAGGACUUCUUCAAGCCUCCUAUACAUUGACCGGUUACGGAAUGGUCGCUGCCAUGUGCGAAGAAGUACAGAACCCUGAACGAGAAGUUCCCAAAGCUAUGGUACUAUCAGUCUUCGCUGCCGGUGUUACUGGAGUACUGUACCUAGUUCCUCUAUUAUUCGUACUCCCAGACGUAUCUUCAAUUCUCGGUCAAUUAAACGGCCAACCAAUCGGCUACAUCUUUAAAACAGUAACCGGUUCCGCAGCCGGUGGGUUCGGACUUCUUUUCCUCAUCCUCGGUAUUCUCUUUUUCGCCGGUGUUGGCGCUCUCACUGCCGCAAGUCGUUGCACCUAUGCCUUUGCACGCGAUGGUGCCAUCCCCGGUUCUCGUCUCUGGAAGCGCGUGCACCCUCAAUAUGAUAUUCCAUUAUGGGCUCUGGUACUCUCCACCGUCGUGGAUUGUAUUCUGGGAUGCAUUUAUUUUGGUUCCACGAGUGCUUUCAAUGCAUUCACCGGUGUGGCGACCAUUUGUCUGUCCGUUUCAUACGGCAUUCCCAUUUUGGUUAACCUUAUAAGAGGAAGACAGGCAGUAAAACAUGCUUCAUUCUCCUUGGGCAGGUUUGGUUUUGUUAUUAAUGCUAUUACUGUUGUUUGGAUUACCCUAGCCAUUAUCCUUUUCUGCAUGCCAACCGCCAUUCCUGUCACUCCUUGGCCCCCCAGUUGUUUCGGCUGA